CAAAGAGAGAAAGAAAAAAACUUCACAAGGGCAAAGGCACCGCCGCCGCCAGUCGCCACGUCCUCCGCCGGCCGGUUCCCUCUCCCGCCAGGCAAUGCAGUCUCCACCCUGCUCCCUCCCCGGUUGCUAGCCCGCUCGACGCCGACGGUUCUGCUCCGCGUUCGAUUCGCGCCGGUGCCGGGCGAUGGACGCGCUCGUCUCGGCGGCGGUGGAGGAGGUGUGCGCCCGCCUCUCCCUGGGCCUCCCGGUGGCCGACCUCUGGGCCGCGCUCUCCGGCGCGUUCCGGGCGGCCGGCCUCCCCCCCGGCCUGCCCGUCAGGCGCGUCCUCUUCGCCCGCCUCGUCGCCCUCCCCGUCAUCCGUCUCAUGGAGGGCGAGCCGGGGGAGGGGGCGCUCGUCCACUCCCCGGAGAAGGACGUGGAGGCGGCCGAGCGGCGCGGCGCCCGGCUGGUCGCCUGCCCGGCCCUGGGGGACAACUUCCUCGGGAUCUACGACCACCGGUGCUCCGGUUCCAAGCUCAGCGACAACCAGAGGAAGACGCUGGAACAUGUCGCGGCAAGCAGGACUUCCGGUGUAGCACAAAGGACUCUCUCGAAGAGGUUCCACAUAGAACCAAACAAGUUUUAUUUUGUUGUCAAGACCCUGCAGUCGCAGGGGUUAAUUGCUGCAAAACAAGCAAUUGUAAAGUCUAAUGACGUCGGGGGUCAGUGUGAAGAUGAUUCAGGGAAAAGCCUUGUCGGCAGUACCAACUUACUGUAUCUCUCAAGAUACGCCAAAGGAUUGAAUAUGAACUCACAUCAAAGAAUAGAUGCUACAAACGUAGACGCUUUACAAGAAGAUGAGAGCCUUGGUGUACAUCACAAGAGCCAUGUUUCUAUUCACGACCAUCUUCCAGCAAUGAAAGCCAUAUGUGACAAACUUGAAGAAGCUAGCGGAAAGGUUCUUGCUAUUUCAGAUAUAAAAAAGGAUCUUGGUUACAGCAAGCCACGUGGACACAGGGCAUGGAGAAAUGUACUGUGUAGGCUUUUAGAUGCACAGCUUGUUGAAAAAAUCAGUGCCAAAGUUGACGAUAAGGUGAUGUUUGACCUUGCCCCUUUGUUCUCUGAUCAUUUGGUGGUUGUUGGCUGCUUGCGUCUUCUGAAGAAAUUUAAUCAAGAUGAGUUUAAGCCAAAAAGUACAGCCUUAAACUACAAACUUGGGAUGAAAUGCCUGGAAACGGAUCAACUUAUGGAGCUUCCAUUAGACAACUGCAUAUACGAUAUGAUCCAUGCCCAAGGGCCAAAAGGUGCAACUCUUGUUGAGCUUGGCAGACGUCUUGGGGGCAAGCACAGCAAUCCAAAAGAGCUUGGUAGACGAGUGUCUUUAAUGGUUAAAAAAUUCAAUUUGGCUUCGCAGGGUGAAGUCAUAGAUAAAACAACACAAUACCGAUUUUGGACUUCAGAAAACUUCUCACUGCACAAAGCAAAUACUGCUAUGCAGAAUUGUGAUGCACUAGCUGAUCAUGACCAUCAUCCUGAUUUGUGGCUUUCUAUUCCAUCUAAAGAAUCAGAUUCUUUUAGCCCACAGGGUGAUUCAUUUGUUGAUGACAAACUCUUGUCUGAAGAAGAUUGUUCUGAAAAACCAGUUGUACUGGUACAUCAUCUCCCGAAUAACCAUGAAGCUUCUGUCGGAGUUUCUCAAGUUGAACAAGUUGCCUUUCAGAGCAAGAGGCGUCGCUGGCCCUCGUCAACUUCUGAUGAUGGGAGACAGAAAAAGAUUCUUCACAUACUAGAGAAAAAGAAUUUUGUACUAAUGGCGGAGUUACGUAAAUGGUUAGAGAAAAAGGAAAAUGGAAAAAUAAUGGACAGGAAGACAUUGAUUCGCACUUUGAAUAAGCUUCAGCUGAAGUGUACCAAAGUUAAUGCCCCUCUUGUUACAGACUACACUGGCAGUCGUUCCGUUGAUGUGAUACUGAAUCCUUCUGUCAAGAUCAUGUCACCUGAACUCAUGGAUCAAAUUAGGAACAGACUAAUGAUUUUUGAUUCUCAAAGACGUUCAGGUGCAGCAGCUAAAUUGAAGCAAAAGCAUACGCUUGCCGUACAUGGAUUGAAGGUUCAACGCAGAGCCAAAGUUAAAAAAACACCAAUAUCAGAAGUUAUUCAUGCCAAUGGAUUCAUAGGUGCAAAGAUGAUCCGGGCAAAGCUGUUACAUAAAUUUCUGUGGGAACAUGUUAGUGGUUUACCAAAUCUUGAUUGUGCUAAAGAAGGGCGACGUGACAAGAACCUUAAUCAAUCAUGUCAGUUUUCAAUCACAGCAGCUAUAAAAGAAAUGCCUCUUGAAUUCUUUCUACAAGUUGUGGGAUCAGCAAAGAUUGACAGCAGCACUGUAACUAAGUGUUGUGGGAAAACACUUUCAGAGAUUCCUAUCAGUGUAUACAGUCAGCUCAUGGGUACUCAUGCCAAGGGCCGCCUCUCACGCUUAAUAACUAUUUUAAAUAGGCUCAAGUUGAUUGAACUUGUAAGCAACCAUGUAGAAGAUUCUGAUGUGCGAUCAUGGGAUAUCCCUACAUAUUCGCUGGAGCUCAGGCCUUACAUUGAAGAACCGACACCAAUCAUUGUUCAGUCAUCACAAGUCAGUGUGAACCAUCAUCCAAAAAUUCGGCAUGAUUUUGUGCUUUCAAAGCAGGAAUCUGUCGAUGCUUACUGGGAAACAUUAAAGUACUGUUAUCUAACAGCUGGUUCGGCUGAGCCAAGUGUCUUCCCUGGUAAUUGUCUACCUGAGGUUUCUCAUGUACGGUCAUGGAGUUCAGUAAGAGUAAUGACUACCAAACAACGUCUGGAAUUACAAACGCGUCUCAUGAAUGAAAACGAGAAGGGGACACCUCCUCACAAAGUUUGCCGUAUAAUUGCAAAGGAUUUGAAUCUCUCUGUGCAACAGGUGCUUUAUGCUUCCUCCAAGAAUAGACAGCUUCAUGGACAGGCAAGCAUUUCUGAUACACAACAUAAAAAAUCUAAUUCUAGAUCAACCUCUCAGAAAAGGAAAAGAUCGGCUAAUGAGAUUGCCAUGAAGUUUAUUAAGCAAAAAGUCGAAGCUAGUGGAUCAUCCUCACAGAGGUUAGUCAAGUCUAUUCUGGAUGAAGAAAUAACAGAGAAAAUCUCUCCAUCACCCACUGACCUACCAGAACAACGUCAUCGAGCUGGCAGCACUCCCACAAACAACAUUGUUGGUACUUUCUUGCAUACAAAUAAAGACAAGGGGGACAGCAGACGCAUGGGAAAGAAAAUUUUCUUUUGGACAUCCGAAUCUGACAGAAAAUUGCUCAUGGCAUACACUAGAUACCGCACAAGACGUGGAGCAAAAAUAUCCCGUGUAGCUUGGAACUCUAUUUCUGAUCUUCCAGCUCUACCAGCUGCAUGUUGUAAAAGGAUGUCAACCUUAAGAGCUAAAACAAACAUAAGAACAGCUGUGAAUCGAAUCUGCAACAUUCUUGCAAUACGGUAUAAGAGAUCAAAAGCAAAAGAAUUAUCAAAUUCUAGUUAUGAGAAUUCUGCAGAUUCAGAUUCUGAGCAAUUCAAUUGGGAUAAUUUCGAUGAUCCAGAAAUAAGAAAUGCACUUGAUGAAAUCCUUGAAUUCAUUCGACUAGGAAACAUGGGCCAGACCAAUCGGAUUAGUCCAGAGAAUGAAAGGAGCAAUGAUGAUGUCCCUGAGGAAAUUCCUACUGAGCAGGUCAUGCAAUGUCCAAGCAGCACAAGCAUUGUAGCUCCAGAGAAUGUGGAAUUGUGUACACGUUCCAAUUCAAUGCAUCCAAGUAAAAACAUGGCAAUUCCCUGCAGUGUUCAUGAAAACGACAUUAGACUCAACAAAGCUGAAAUUACUAGAAGAGGUGUAUGCAAAUCCUUGGCAAUUGCCAAUGCAUUGGAGCUCCUGAAGGUGUUUCUUCUGAGUUCAUCAUCGGAUUCAGAAGCACAAGCUGCAUUAAAAGCCACCUUUCAGCUUUAUUCAGAGAGUGAAAUUUUUACUGCCCUUUCCUUUCUGAGAGGGAAGAACUUCUUGGUUACUGGAAAUGGAAUGAAACCUGUAACCCUUUCUGGAAAAUUCUUCUUUGAUGCUUCUUAUUCACCCUUCCCAUAUGGUUCAGGGAAAAAGGCUUCUGAAUUUUUGAAAUGGCUUGUAGGGCAGCGAAAGAAUAUUGUGGACAGUACAGUUUAUUUGCAUCCAGAUCCACAGUGCGGGGAAAUUGUUCAUCUCUUUUCUCUGGUGUUGUCAGGAGAGCUACUCAUUUCACCUUCUUUGCCAAGUGAAGGAGUUGGUGAGGCUGAUGAACCUAACAGCUUCAGUCCUUUAAUCGAGGAUACCAGUGAUUUGGAUGACUGUACUCAUAAACGCAAGGGUACAGAGUUGGAAAGCAGUAGGACUAAGAGACACAAACCUUUGCCCCAUAUAGAUAGCCGCCGAGAGAAAGGUUUCCCUGGUAUCCAAGUGGCUUUGAAUCAAGAGAGUAUUCAAGCAAACAAUCCCAUGCAAGUGUUACAUCAUAAAGAAUGCCUUAUGUUUACUUUAGCUAGGGAAAUGGGCAGCAAGGAUGUUGAUUCCCAGGUAGAAAGCUAUGACAUGUUGCUAGACUUAAACGAUCUGAAUUCAUGUCGCUGUUUAUUGUCUGCAUCUCAUUUGGAGAAUUCUUAUAGCGGAUGGCCCUGGGAUGCUAUGAAAAUAUAUGCCGAACAGUUACCAUCAUUAUCUUGUAAUAAAAGUAAACCGAUCAUUCUUUCAUCUGACCUGUUCAGAAAUGCAUUUUGUAUUAUUCGUCAAACUGGUGAACAAGGAGUUAAUCUGAGGGAAAUGUCACAGGCACUGCAUCCACUAGGCAUGCAAUCUAUCAGUUUGGUUGUUGAUAUGCUUGAGAGAUUUCAGCUGGCCAUUAAGGUCAAUGCAUAUGAUGGUGUGCAGAUUGUUGACUCAUUGCAUAAGCCAAAGUAUCAUGUAACCACACUCGCUGAAUACAGCCAUUGCAGCUGUUUGCAAGCUCCUGCUCCUGAAAUGGCAUCAACUGGAGACACCAGAAAUAUACUGAAAGAGAAGCACUCGACGAUGCCUAUUAAUUUGUAUCAAACUGUAAGGAAGCUUGGCGAGGGGCACACUGUCACAGUUGUUAAUGCUGAAAGGAAGUCAAGCUCUCAUCUGCACGGUCGAAGUCCUGGAGAUGAUGGAAGGCCAUCUACUUGCUGUCAUGUUUGCAAAAGCCAUAUUUAUCAUCCAAUAUUACCAUGGAUAAAUGGUGAUGGCAGUAUGAAUAGCACUGUCUAUGAAAGUUUAAGUCGUCGAAUUAUUGGAUAUGUCAUGCAAUAUCCAGGAAUUUCUGAGGAGGACGGAAUCCGUCGGAUGGAUGUACUGAAUCCUCAGACAUGCAGGACCUUGCUGGGGAAGCUGACAAUUGACAAACACCUAUAUGUUCAUGUUGGAUUGUUUGAUGAAGAUGUGCCUAGUGCUCCCACCAUGCUCUGGGGUCUUUUGAAGCAAGGUCACCAUGAAGAACGCUCCAGGUCUGCAAGGCGGCGCUACUUCGCUAAUCCGAUGAGCACCUUCAUGCUGUAGGAUAUAUGUGGAUGGCCUGUUCUAUAUAUAUUUUAGCACCUUCAUGCUGUAGGAUAUAUAUGGAUGGCCUGUUCUAUAUUUAUUAGUGCCCUCCCUCCCUUGUAAAAUAUGCUACUCCCUCCGAUCCAUAUUAACUAUCGCUUACUAAAUCAGCGACAAUUAAUAUGGAUCAGAGAGGGUACGUCAUUUUAGUUUUGUCUUAAUAAGUUAUAGUAUGCUGCAUAUAUAUGUGAGAUAACUUAGAAUUA